GUCGAUGGAGGUUCGCCCGACCUUAUAGAGCUGGACCAGAAUGGCAGGGUGAUGGACAGCGUGCACCGUGAGCCUGACCCCGACGCUAUCAAGAUGUUCGUGGGUCAGAUCCCUCGCUCCAUGGAUGAGAACGACCUGCGCAAGAUGUUCCAGGAGUACGGCGAGGUUUACCAGAUCAACGUGCUCAGAGACAAGGUCACCGGCCAGAGCAAAGGAUGCUGCUUCGUGACAUUUUAUGCCCGCAAAUCAGCCCUGGAAGCACAGAAUGCAAUGCACAACAUCAAGACAUUACCGGGAAUGCACCAUCCAAUUCAAAUGAAACCAGCUGACACGGAGAACAGGAAUGAAUCUUCCAUUUCAGAACGUAAGCUCUUUAUUGGUAUGCUAAGUAAGCGAUACAGCGAACAAGAUGUACGUGUUAUGUUCUCAUCUCACGGAACCAUUGAGGAAUGUACAGUUUUACGAGAUGCUAGUGGUCAGAGCAAAGGAUGUGCCUUUGUGACAUUUUCUUCUCGUCAGUGUGCCAUCAAUGCCAUCAAAAAAAUGCAUCACUCACAGACGAUGGAGGGUUGUUCUUCUCCACUUGUGGUGAAAUUUGCCGAUACCCAAAAAGAGAAGGAUGCAAAACGUCUCCAUCAAGUGACUCAGAACCUAUGGAACGUUGCCUCGGCUAACAACCUUGCAGCACUUGGCCCACAGUACCUCGCUCUAAACCUGCCUGAUACCCAAAAAGAGAAGGAUGCAAAACAUCUCCAUGAAGUGACUCACAACCUAUGGAACGUUGCCUCGGCUAACAACCUUGCAGCACUUGGCCCACAGUACCUCGCUAGAGAGAGAGAGCGCGGAAGAGAGAGCGUUUCCUCUGCUAACAACCUGGUCGCACUUGGGCCUCAAUAUCUGGCUUUGCUCCAGCAGCAGAUGGGCAGCACAGCUGGUUCAGGUGCAACAGCUGGCAGUCUCGCAAAUCAACUCGGCAGUCUUCAGCAACUGCCUUCCCUAAACAAUGUUAGUGUACAGCAGCUCUUGGCGGCCUCACAAGGAAACUUGGCCACUCAACAGAUGUUCGACUCAACAGGCUCUCAUUCCUUAGGUCUGAGUGGUCUCGGGUCUCUCGGCAGUCUCAACUUACCCACUUCUACUAAUGGCUCACAAGAGACCAACCUUCAGGGUCUACUAGCUUCUAUGAGUUCACAAAACACAGGGUUGGGUAUGAACAUGCAGAACCUAGCAUCACUGGCGGCCAUGACAGGUGGCAGCACCACGGGACUCCAAGCUCUCACCCAGCCAGGUAUCACAUUCCCUACUUCUUCCAGCUCUCCCUUCACCCUCACCGACCCAGUGCUGACUGGGCUCACAUCAUCUGUAAGUGGCUUCCCCAACAAUGUGACUGCUGCUGCAGGUUUAGGAGCUGCAUCAUCAUCAUCUAAUCCUGCUGGUAAACAGGUUGAAGGGCCUGAUGGUGCAAAUCUCUUCAUCUACCACCUCCCACAAGAAUUUUCAGAUCAAGAGCUUGCCCAAGCAUUCUGGCCAUUUGGCAAAGUCAUUUCUGCGAAGGUUUUCAUUGACAAACAGACCAAUCUUUCCAAAUGCUUUGGGUUUGUCUCGUAUGACAAUGCUCUAGAUGCACAGCGGGCAAUUCAGCACAUGAACGGUCAACAGAUUGGCAACAAGCGCUUGAAGGUGCAGCUGAAGCGUUCCAAAACUGACUGCAAGCCAUACUAACAGCUGCCAUGUUGUGCUGUUCUGCCCCGUGCCCCGUAUUGCCUGCCGUCCGUAUAACAGUGUCUACGUCCUUCUCCCAUCUUCGUAGCACGUCUCAUACGUACGUAUGUAUACGUAUGUGUAUGCCAUGUGGUUGUAUACACUGUGCAGCUGCUGUAAAGUCACUCAUGCUAACAGAUUACUAACCAGUCAUCAAACCUGUCAGCAUACAUAAACAUAUUAGGCUUCAAUUAAACCCUCAGCAGUGCUUGUCAUCAACACAGUUUUGGUAUCUUGACAAGUAACCUCACCAAAAGGCUAUCGUUGCUAUUCUCUGUACAAACCAAAAAUGUUUAAUAUUAUAAUACAUACAUUUUUAAUAGUUGUUUACUUUAGGAAUAAAUACUGUAUACUGUCUUUUUAUCAAUUUUUCUAGACCAUUGAUUACAUAAAGAGAUGGUUUAAAGUCGCUUCUUUUAAAAGACUAACUAUCCAGUAUGUAUUGGUGAGUGAACUCAUUAGAUUUGACGGUAGCUACUUGCACAAAUUUUUCACUUUAAAAAUAAAUUGGUUUGUUCUUUCAUUCAUAUUCAGUUCCACUUAAGGCAGAAUCAAGAUUUUCUAUGGAAUGGACAUUGGAUCCAUAUAUUUUAGUAGGAAUUGUACAUGGCAGCUUCACAAUUUCAUACAUAAACUUGAACAUAGAUGAUAUCCUUAUGUACUUACUAUGUGCCAUGGCUUCUUGAAACAUGUAAACACUAAAUAUUGUGUUUUAGAUAUAUAUUUCAUGGAAUACAUGUUUUGUAAUUGUGCUAAUAAAUCUGGAUGCAUGCUUAUAAUAUUCAAAUAUUGUCUUGUACUUCAAUGUACUGCACAAAGUGAUUAUUAAUUUUAUCAGUACAAAAGUGACAACUUUUGUAUAUUGAUUGUACUCCAAGGUCAUAUUUUUAUAGCAGUCUUUGCAUUGCUAAUUUAGGACAUUGAUCAGUGUUUGUCUUCAAGAAUUUUUAGAUUAUAGGAUGACAAAUCUUCCAGUCAUUUCAGCUCUCGUAAACACCAAGUGUGUAGCUCUAAGAACACUAAGAGGAGAUGCUUCAAGUUUUACUUAGGAUAGUUAAUAGUUACCCAGAGUGAUCACUGGGAUAAAAGAAAAGGUCUCCAUUGCUCCCACUGGCCAUCUAUUAACCCACAACCCUGGUUUAGUAUUUUAUUCAAUUCAGCAACUAUGCUUAGAGUAAGACCUCAUAGAUCUAGUAAUAGGUACAUCUCAAGCAUAGCUGGAAUAUUAAGCAACUUUGCUUGCAUACAGGUUUAGUUCAAUUUUGUAAGUGCCAUAGAGUGGCAAUAGAAUGGAUGUAGUAGUUCUUUAUGCCUCUUCAGUUUGAAGGGAGGCACAUACUGAAGCAUUGAUAAUGGAUUCUUUUAGUGUUCUUACUCACAGAAUUCGGUUUGAGAGUUUUUAAGGAUACCUCCAUGUGUCAGGGGCCAGGACGGAGAGUAGUAAAGAAGAGGCCGUGUUGGGCAAAGACGAUAACUAGUCUAUUACUGGGAGUUUCCAUAAAGAGGGCAUCCCCCCCUUCAACUUUGAUGCUUCAUACAUGGUUAAUAAUAAUUUUUAUUUUUUAUUUUUAUUAUUCUUUAAGAAGAGGAAUAUAGUGGAAACUUACCACUAAAGUUUAAGUGGGAUUAGUUCUCUGUUCACAACUCUCGCAUAUUGGGUGAUUGAAGAAUAAUGUUUAAUCAUCUCUUGUUCAUUUAUAAGAGUAAUUGUUGGAGCUUAACAUGAAGAAGGUUAAAUAAUCAUUAUCCUCUUCCACCCAUGAUAAAUAUUGCCUUACUCCACUGGAGUAUUGGCCAUGACUUCUUUAAUUGCUCAUUGCUGUUAAUUUAUUUCUUGUAUUUGACCGUCUUAAUUUCUUUAUUUUAUUUUAUUUUACUUAUUUAUAGUUAUUAUUAUUUUCUUGGUCAGGCAGAUUAGAAGCUGAGACUUGUUACUAUGAAAGAAACAAGGUAGCAGGUCAUUGUGAUUUCAGACAGGCAACUGUGUCUGUCUGGCUCAUAGCCCUAGGCUAACCAAAGACUAUGAAAAUGUGUUUGUCUAUGUUUGUUGUACCCAAGCCACGGUAUUGAAGGGUGUACAACCCAUUAAACCUCGUUACUGCUACGUCUGUUUGCCGGAAAUGGAGUUAUACAUGUUAUUUAUUAAAACUGGUAUGUUGAUGUUAUUCAGUGUCUCCUCUGUUUCUUUUUCCAGUUUUAUUGACUGAAGUGGGGUGUUCCAUUUUGAAUGUAAGGCAGACAAUUCACUCACCAAAAGGUCAAUGCCAUCUCUGUGCCUUUAUUUUACAUUGCUUACAUUUGUGCUUAUAUUGCAGCUAUGAGGAAGCCAGUCCUAAGUUCCAUUAAACGGUCCGAAAGAGACAUUAGAAGAUACCCUGUUACAAUAUAGGAGAGCUUUCAUGUGUAGGUGGAUGUGCUAUUUAAUGUAGUUGUGUUAAAAGAUAUAUAUAUAGAGGUAGGUAUAGAGGGAAGUUAUUGAUUUAUUUGAUUCUGUGUUUUUUGAUUAGUGUUGUAUUCAGCAGUAAAUAUGGUAAAUAUAUAUUCAAUGUAUCUAAUGUGUUCUGUUGGGUUUGUUUCAAAGAAUCAUUAUGUAUGCAUGUAGUCUUUAGUUGUUUGGUUUUUCUUUGAUUUCACAGGUUAUGUCAUGAAAUCCUUUCCUCAGUGUAACCUGUUACCUCUGUAGGCUCCAGCCUUCUUGUUUAUUUUUUGACUGGUGUGUGAUUCACCAUUGAUUCUGCAGGAUGAUGGGUUUAUUUGGAGUUCACUGAAGACAUCUUACCUUAUCAAUAGCCAAGCAUGAGCACACCUUAAAUUUAUUAUCAGAGUUUUUGGUGAAUUUGUAUCCCAUGUGUAAGGUUAGGUGUCUUAGUUUUUCUGUGUACACCUAUAGGAAAAUGGUCCCAUUUCUUUUGUGUGUUGUAUUCUUCUGCUUUUGUUAACUUACCAUGUGGUAAAAAAAAAGUAAUUGAGUAAGGGGAAGUAAUUUACAAAUUUUCUUGUGUUGCUUAAAUUAUCAUCAUAAAUUUUAUUAAAAAUUGAAUGAUUUUGUUUCUUAACAUUUUUAUAAAUUAUUGUAUCCUGAAUUAAUGGAAUAUCCCUUAAAAACAUUUAUAAUUUGUAUUUUAAUUACCGGUAUGAAUAAAAAAAUUUUGGAGAAGAGUUCGAAAUACAGUAUACAGUAAUAAGACUAAUGUGUAAAGGACACUUUUUAAUAAUAUUGGAGAAUAAAAACAUGUUUUGUGAUACAUGGUCAAAGUAGACACAGUGUUUGUAAUGCUUCCCCAUCUCAUUAGAGUGACAGUAUUCACUCAUCACUUCUUGCAGCGGUUAUCGUUAAGCUACCUGUACUCAGGAAAGAUUCUCAUUCGAGAGUCAUUGUCCUGUCCCUAUUAGCCAGAGGACUAACAUUCAGAGGAGAUAUGUGAUUUUUGAGUCAUUGCCACACCAAUAUGUGUAAUUAUUGUUUGUCAUACAAGGUAUUUUCCAUUGAUUGUGGAAAUUUAUAUUUAUGUCAAUGGAAACCCAGUUCACAACCUACAACUUCAUGCUGGAUGCCAAAAGCAUGGCCCCCCAUUUCAGGCUCUGAAAUGUACUGUGAUUUAAGACCACUGAAUGUGCAUACGUGUAAAUGUUUUGCUUUGUAUGGAUCUGUUUGGAAUGAUAAAUUUUACACAAAGAAUUGGAAAAAGCUUUUAUUGAUAGCCAAACCAUGUCAGGCAUUUUAAUACUGUACACGUAAUGUUAAUUAAAGGCUGAUAAGACAGGUGACAUGUUGAGAACAGUCACCCCUGUGUCAUUAAUACUACUGAAGGUAUUGGUCAAGUGGUUUAUCUGUUACCUAUUUACUUUGUCUUACUCCUCAUGUUGUGAAUUGGUUGUGUAGGGCUUUGAAAUGUAUGUUCAGUGCCUGUUUGGGGAGAUAAUAGAAGUGUAUUGUCUGCUUGCACAUUAUGAGUGUAUUUUAGAAAAGGUGUUUCUCAGGAACACCUUUAAAAUGAGGAAAAUAUGUGUUAUCCCUUAAGUGUUUAUUUAAUUUAGGAGCUGGUAAGUCAAGGCCUAAUAUUAAUAUAAUUCUUGUGUGUAGAAAAUAGAAGAUUUUAUUUUUUGUGGAAAUUUCUUGCUGAAUUUAUAGUACCUAUUUAUUAAAGUCAUCAUUAUAAUGCCCACACUUAUAAAAUAUGUCAUAUACAGAGUAAUUUGCAGAUUAAAAGAUUUAAGAAAUUUAACCUCUAUUUUCAAUUGCUUCUGUUUUGACAACACAAGAAGACUCCUGUUUAACUUCUUCCUGUUUGGAUGUAUCAUUGUGCAAGGGGACAAUACCUGUCAUGUGAGUAGUUGUAAUUUUCUACUUCCAAGCAGCCAACCCGUAAUUUUGUAAUGAAAUGUACAAGGAUAUAGCAGCAGAAGAAUAAAGUAUUUUCAAAGGA